CCAAAGUUCACGUGUUCUUUGAUUUCUGUCUCAUUUUGAAACAUAAUAUCCAAGGAAAACGAAUCUAAACGUUUGAUUUAUGAUCGCAUAAAAAAGAAAGAGAAAUUACAAAAUUAGCAAAAUUUUCUAGCUUAUUAAUUUACUGAACGUCAUGUUGUGCAAGGUGGAUUCGCAGACGGAUGGGACGUUUAAGCUGAAAUGUGUCACUGUUAUUUUGGGAAUUUUGGACGUAAUUUUGGCCUCGCUGGCGUCCUGUGGGGCGCGGAAGGAUGUCUACUUUCUCGUCACGGUGCUCGUGGUUGUGACAGUUUCCCUCUUGCACUUGAUCUGUGCUCUUUUGGAUGUUUUCAAAGCAAAUUACAUGUCGCGUGGGGUGGAAUUUCUAUUUCAUCUGCUCGGCGGGAUCGCAGUGAUUGCGGGGUCGAUCAUCAUUCUCACCGGAACGGAUUCCAAGACAAGCUGCAAUGUUAUGGAGAAGACGAGUGCAGCGACUGUGGGGAUAUUUAAUGGAGUCGUUUAUUUGUACGUAUGCCGCCUGAUUUUCGAACAAUUGCGACGAAAAAUCCGGAUCCCUGGAUCUGGAUCUAAACAAUCCUCCCAAGACCCGGGAUCACUUCCGCUCUACAUAUUUUGCGGGAUUAGCCGAGCACCGGCAGUGUUUUCUUGUGCAGAAGAUGAAAACGGUGACUCCAAAAGUUUAUCGCUUUCGGCCUCAGUUCCGACAAAAGUUAGAAAAUCGGAUGUAAAAGAUGCAGCCGAAAUUGAAGAGAAAAAGAGUAUGUUGAAGGCUUAGAAGUUCGAAAUUAUAAAAAAAAUCAAAUGAGUUAAAUUUAGAAUUUUACAACUCGGUUUUUAAUCAUCUUGUUAGCCACCAACUUUACACCAGCUGAAUUGCAAAAAUUCCUGGAGAUUAAAAUUAAAACUUAACAGUUUUUUUAAGUUUUGAACUUGCACAACUCUGUCUAGAAAAUACCAUGGGGAAUAAAACAGCAACGCAGUGCUAACAAUGGUGAACAGCUUAUCUGAUUUUUUUAAAUUUGGGACUAAAAUCUAUCGAACUUCUAAUAAAUUAAAAAUACUUUCCAAAAUUUAAACAUUUUUUUUACUUAUGCGCUGACACGUUUCUCGCAGGUUACUAAAAAUUUAGAAAAAAAGUCAGAUAUUAUCAAGACAAAGUAAAAAUGAAAACAUGCUCAAGAAUGGCUAAAUAAGUUUUUUAUGUGAAAUGAUUGACAUGCGAAAAAUAUUUACAAAUUAGCAAAUACUUAAAGGAAUAGUUUAGUAACUAGUAUUCUUAAUGGUUGGACAAGGUCGAGUGUAAUGUGGCGAGAGAUUGUUAAACACUUUGGUGAAGGGGCCGUGCAUAAGUUGCGCAAAAAAUUGCGAUUUUCUCCACCCCUCUUUAAUACAUUUGUCAUAUAGGCACGACGUCAUUGGAGCCUUAGACCCUUCUUUCGCGUUUAAUAAUUUAUGGACGGCCCAUAUCAAUCAAUGUUAAUGAAGUCGAUAAAUUUAGCUACGCAUAAGUUGUGAGUGUAAUGUCAACACUCAAGUUUGAUUAGGUAAACUUAUUUGUGCAACAAGCCCAAUGAAUUGCGGUUCAUGAAUAUUUCCGUAUGAUUACUUAAGCAUAGAUACAUUCAUAUGAAUGUAAACUCUCAGAAAACUAGUAUUCAACCAUUACUAACCGUGGAAUAAUAAUCACAUACUCUACCAGCACUGGUAAUAAAGGGCAUUAUAUAUCGUUCAGUAA